UGGGCGAGCUUACUAAUAUGUAGAAAAUACAUAUACAUUUUUUUCUCCCCGACGAUUUGUGGUUUUUUCUUCCCGACAGAGGGGGAGUGGUGGGAGAAGCUCUCCCAGACGGGACCAGAGGCUCCCACUUGCGACACCCCUGAUUAGAAGUUUAGCAGUCGAUUGGCUGGCUAAAAAUAUUUAUUGGACUGACUACGAAUUUAACCACAUUGUAGUUUGCACGUAUGACUCACGCUCUAUGCGAGAAUUGUUUAAUACUGACGUCAUCAAACCAAGAAGUAUUGCAAUUGAUCCUUUUGAAAAACUACUGUUUUGGAGUGAGUUAGGCCCACCUGGCCAGAUAGAAUCUUCAAACUUAGACGGAAGCAAUAGAAACGUAAUAAAUGAUGUUGCUGACCAACCUAGCGGCCUAGCUGUCGACCUUAACGAACAGAGAGUUUAUUUCGCUGAUAGAAACGAUGGUAGAAUACAUUAUAUGAAUUACGAUGGUUCCAAACUGAACACAUUUUACACACAUCCGGAAAACAGCUAUUUGAACUUUUUUGAUAUUACGUUAUAUCAGGAUUUCAUUUUUUGGACAGAGUCGACAGACGGAGAUCGUAACGGAAUAUAUGUUGUGUCUAAUGAAAAUGGAAAUGAAAUUCUUGGGAAUCUCCCAGAGAGCUCCACUAUUUAUUCUAUUGAAACCUACGAUGAAUCCGUCCAACCUUCGAAUGACAGUGUAUGUAAUCAAGAGGGAAACAAUGGAUGUUCUCGUCUAUGUUUGACGUCAUUACUAAACGAAACUUCUUGCGCCUGUUCAGAUGGCUUCGUAAUUGAUGACAGUGAUUACACCCAAUGCAAACCUGAAUCAUCGAUACUGCAGGAUGACUUCUAUUUGAUUGCUGACCAGGAGAAACAUAGUAUAUUUCAAAUGAAUGCAAAAGAACCGUUUAAAUACAUCGGUUUGAACAUCGGAAUCGUUGGGGAUCCUGUAGAUAUUACAUAUGAUCCAAUCGAGAGAAGAUUGUAUUGGGUUGACGCAGAGUUCCCUGCCAUUCGCCGAUCCUCAUUAGAUGGCACUAACGUCGAAAGUGUCAUCAAAGACGAGAACAUUGUCUCGCCAAUGGGUGUUGCUGUAGACUACGUCAUACGCCUGAUGUUUUGGACAGAUUCUGCGCUAAGAAAGAUUGAAGUAUCGUAUCUAGAUGGCACUGUCAGAUAUUCUUUAAUUACUACAGGAAGUGAAGAGCCACGUGAUAUAGUAGUUGACCCCAUUGGAAGCCGGAUAUUUUGGUCAGUGCAUGGGAACAAUCCGGCAAUAAGAACGGCUUAUAUGGAUGGUGGUAGUGAACGAAAAUUACCAAUAUCUGAAUUGGUUAGUAAACCUUCAGGGCUUGUUAUAAAUUUUAAAGAGGGUAGAUUAUACUGGUGUGAUGAGACUAAUGGGGUAAUCGAGAGUAUUAAUCUUGAUGGAACUGAUUCCAAAAUGUACAUUGAACUUCCACCACCUUCGCAACCAAGAAGUGCAACAUUAAGGUUUGAUGACGUUGUGUGGAGUGACAAUAUGGAAACUUCAUUAAGACACGUAGAUAGCGAAAGUGGAGAGGCAAGCAGUAUUGAUGACAAUCACUUUGGGAAAAUGUCUUCCAUCCAUCAUCAUGCAUCAAUAUCAAGUUUACAAGUAACUGACGUUGACAGCAAUGAGUGUCUUGAUGACAAUGGAGGUUGUAGUCAUAUUUGCCUUCCUGGUCAGGUAGUAGGACAGGUGGUGUGUACAUAUGGAUACUACACAUGA